AUGGCAGUUAAAGACGUCUACAUUGUAGGAGAUUCAAGUUUAGUGAUUAAUCAAAUCUCAGAAGACUUUAGAUGUUUGAAUUGGCAAUUAAGACCAUUUCAUUCGUUGGCAACCCAAUUGGUCAACCAAUUUCACAAUGUGACUUUGGAAUACAGACUAAGGGCCAUGAAUAAAAAAGCUAAUGAUUUAGUACAGACUGCUUCAGGAGUCAAGGUGCUGAGUGGUAUAAAGGAAAAGAUAAUGAAAAUUACACGCCGAUCUAUUCCAUCAGCUGAAACAAGAAAUCAAGUUAUGGAAGAAGUCUUUGCCAUUGAUAUUGCCGAGUUGGAUGAUGAUGAUUGGCGAAUCCCUUACAUCUUGUUCUUGCAACAUCCAACUCCAGAAGCCGAUCGAAGAAUAAAAAGAAGUGCAAUCAAUUAUGUAUUUAUGGAUGGAGAUCUUUAUAGAAGAUCGGUUGAUGAUGGAAUGAGAAAAGAUUGUAUGACUUAUGCAAAAGGUUGUAUAGACUGUCAAAAACAUGGUCCGAUGCAAUGGGUUCCAGCAAUAAAGAUGCAAUUACUAGUUAAACCAUGGCCUUUCAGAGGUUGGGCUAUGGUUCUAAUCGGCAAGAUCAAUCCUCCUUCAUCAAAGGGUCAUCAUUGGAUUAUUUUAGCUACCGAUUACUUUACUAAAUGGGUAGAAGCCGAGGAAUAUGUAUCGGUAACUCAUAAUACCGUUAUACAGUUUUUGGAGCGACAUAUCUUUCACCGAUUUGGAUUGCCGGAAACAAUUGUUGCCGAUAAUGGAUCUAUUUUUCGAGCAAAUGAAGUAUUACAACUUAGCCGUGAUAUGCAGGUGAAAAUGGUAACUUCAACACCCUAUUAUGCUCAAGGGAAUGGUCAGGCCGAGACUUCAAAUAAAGUUAUUAUUGAAAUUAUUGAGAAAACGAUAAAAGACAAGCCGAGGCGUUGGCAUGAAACCCUUUCAGAAGCUUUGUGGGCUUAUAGAAAUUCGAAGCGGACAAGUAUUGGGAUAACUCCUUAUCAGCUUACAUUUGGCCAUGAUGCUAUACUGCCGAUGGAGUUAAAUGUGAAAUCGGCAAGAGUAGCUUUACAACACAAUCUUAUACCUACCGAUUACAACAAAGCUAUGCUUGCUGAGUUAGAAGAUUUGGAUGAAGUCCAGAAACUUGCUUUAAACCACCUCAUGGUCCAUAAAGCAAAAGUAAUGAAGGCCUACAACAAAAGGGUGAAGUUCAAGUCAUUUGUAGAGGGUGAUAUGGUUUGGCAAACAAUUCUUCCACCUGGAAAGAUGGAUAGAACUUAUAGAAAAUGGUCACCCACAUGGAAAGGCCCAUACUUGGUUCACCAAGUAUUACAUGGAGGCGCUUACAGGUUAAAAGAUUUAGAUGGUGAAAUCCAUGAGAGACCAAUAAAUGGAAGAUACCUUAAAAAAUAUAAGCCAACUAUUUUUGAGCUCAUGGAAGAAAAGAAAAAAUUCCAGUAA